AUGGUGCCCAACCAGGGGUUUGGAGGGACCCUGUGGAUGAUCUUUCGCUUUACCCUUCUUGCAUCAGGAUCAGGGGAAAACGACAGGAACUUCAAAAUGUGUGGAACCUGGCGCCAUGGCAACGGGAAAUUAACUCUGGCUCACGAUUUGAAAAGGGGCUGUGGCAAGAUCACCAUCUCAGCCAAUGAGAGCUCCCUGUCCAUCCAUGGUCAGAUAACGGCCCAAUGUCAGAACUCUUCUGUCAUCGAGCUGGGCCCUAGCCCAAAGGCAAGAGAGAGACCCUUCUGUAUGUACUGGGAGCCACUUCUGGACCACCUCUGGGUAGAGGUGAAUGGAAAGAACCACACUCUGUGCUGGUCGUCUGGUCUACAGGGGAACUGCUGCACUGACCUGUCCCAAGGCAAAAAAUACGGGAUUGCUAUGAUAGAGGAGACAGUGAUGAGGUCCAAGGUGCUGGGGAACGUGGUGCUGCCCUGUGCCAUGAGCACUGUGGUGGAGAUGGAGGAAGGCUUUCAGGGCUACAACAUCACUCUGCCUGCGCCUCGAGGAGUUCCUCCUCAAAGGAUUCCAUCAGUUCACCUGCCUUCUUAUCUGAAACCUCGAGGAAAGAAAAAGGUCAAGGUUGUCUGCACCUACUUCAAAAACAGCACCCUUUUCCAGGCAAACCAUCAUGUCAUCAGGAUUCUAGAAGAUGUGGUGGGAAUCACUGUGGAGAAUGAGAUCAUCACCAACCUUACAGAGCCAAUCCGGAUUGGUUUCCAUCAUUCUGUCAUACCACAAUUGGAACCACGACCAGUGCGCCAUCUGGAGGCUCUAACGGUCAUUACAUCAAUUGGCUGUGCCGCUUCUACGUUGAGCUGUGUUGUCAUCAUGAUCUUCCUUAACAAACAGAGGAGAGGGAUGAACCCGUCCACUGCGGUCCAUCGAGGUCUGGCCAUGGCACUGUUCCUUCUUAGCUUCCUCUUUUUCCUGACAGGGAUUGUGGCCAACGUGGGAGGGAACAAGGCAUGCUGGGUUUUUGGGGCGGCUCUCCACUAUGCUCUGCUCAGUUCCUUCUCCUGGAUGUCUAUUGAAGGGUUACACACCUUUUGGUUGGUCUACGUGGUGUUCAGCCCCUCCCCCAGUCCUUACGUCUGGAACCUGGUUGGCUUUGGUCUCCCAGCUAUUCCGGUCAUUGUACUGCUUGCCAUUGGAAAAGUCUAUGGUGUGAAAGAGGUUGUGUCCAGUGAUGAUGUCGACAACCCCUUCUUGAUGUGCUGGAUGGAUGUCUCUCCAGACUCUGUAGGCCUACUAGCCCAUUACUUCAUCAACCUGACCUUCCUGGCUGUAGUGGUCGUUUCUGGUCUGAUCAUGCUCUUCCUGGUCCAGAGAAAGAUCCAGAACCGAGACGAGUGGAGGAAGAACAAGGUGGCGUUCAUCAGUAUCUGGGGUCUCAGCUGCCUAUUUGGGACCUCAUGGGGCCUGGAAUUCCUGGACUUUGGACACCUCUCUGUGUUCAUCCUCUUCCUGUUCUGCAUCCUCAACUCCCUACAGGGUUUCUUCCUGAUGCUUCGAUUCUACAUUCUUGAUCGGAUGCGGAAACAAUCGGGGUCUAGUUUGGAUGGUAGCAGUAGCACAGCAUCUUCCACCAGGCAACACAUGCUGCAGAGCUGA